AUGGAUUUACUAUCCAAUAGGUGGUGGCUGGCACUCCUUGCAGUUGCUGUGGUGUACCAUAUUGUCAGAGUCAUCUCGAAGCGUCGGCGCAUGAAAGGGGCGAAACCACCACCGGGUCCCAGAGGAUGGCCCAUUGUCGGUAAUGCUCCUGAGCUGGCAGCCGCCAAGGGUGCAAACACAGCCGUCUUCCGGAAGUGGGCAAAGGAGCAUGGUCCCAUCGUUCAGUUCACCGUCGGCAAUGAGAAACAAGUGAUUCUAUCUGAUGACAAGGUGGCACGCGACCUCUACAUAAAGAGAUCGGGCAAGUAUUCGGAUCGCCACGCGCCCCACGCCGUCACAACAGCCACAAUGGGCCAGAACCCUGCUCUGAGACCACUGAAAGAGGAUGGAUGCCGCCGUGAGAGAAAUUUCAUGCAGAGCGCCGUUUCCAUCGCCGCCAAUCAGAAGUACAGAGAUUUGAUGGAUGAUGAAGCAACUCUUACCCUUCAUCAGCUGCUCCAGUCACCCACGCCGACGCCGUCAGACGACAUAUUUGUUCGAUAUGGCUACUCCGUUCUUACCAGCUCACUUAUGGGGUUUUCAGUCGGCUCAGUCUCUGAUUCAUAUGUCCGUGAGUUUGAGCAAUUUAGGGACAGAUUUGUCGAUGGCUUCCGCAUUGAUAUUUUCCCAAGCAAUACUUUUCCUAUCUUGGGGAAAUUGCCUUCCUGGUUACACCCUAGUUUAGCAGAGAUCGAGACCCUCCGAAAGUCGUACGUGGAGCAGAUGAUAUCAGUGAGACGCAGAAUUCAAAACACAACGAGGGAAUCCAUAUACAAACACUUUCUCACAAACCGGGAUGAGUACACUAUCACGGACGAAGAGGUGGUCUACACAUAUCAAGCGAUGGUUGGUGCCGGCAUACAUAAUCCUCAUGACUCAUUGGUUACAACCAUGUAUUUGUUGUCAAAGCAUCCCGAGUGGCAAACGAAACUACAGCACGAGAUUGACAGCGUUGUUGGUGAUUCGAAUAGAAUGCCAGCAUUUGAGGAUCUUCCCAACCUUCCUACACUUAGGGCAAUCGUCAAAGACGGGAUUCGUUGCCGAGGCUGCGUGAGGGAAGCAGGAAUUCCUCGUCGUCUCGAAGAGGACGAUAUCUACGAAGGAUACUUCUUUGAGAAGGGUACCGUGUUCCACACAAACUUUUCGCAGGUUCUAGUGGAUAAAGAAAUAUAUCCGGACGGAGGUGGUUUCAAUCCUGCACGCUAUCUGGAUCCCUCGUACCCGACAUACAAGGAGCCUCUGACUGUGCACCCCAACACGCAGAACUUCGCUGCCUUUGGCUAUGGUAGGCGCGCUUGUCCCGGUGACGACUUCGGUGUGCGCGUGGUAACGAUUAUGCUCGCUAAGCUGGCAUGGGCCGCCAAUAUUCUGCCACCAUUAGAUGAAGGCCGAGAGGAGGAUGAAGACAGGAAAAUAUAUACCGAAUACAAGAAGUACAGGAUUGAGGCCAGGAACCCCGAGCGAGUCAAGCUUGCCCAAACGGCCGCGGAGUCACUUAGCCUUGUAACAGAGCAUGGUGUGGAAUUGCAGCGUGUACCAAAUGUGGUCUAA